UCACUUCUUCCCGGCGGCUCCAGAAGGACGUCGCGAAGCGUCGGGGCGACCAUAGAGUAUUGGGUAACGCGAGAGUUGCGGAAAGUACGUAAACUUUGGGAAAAGUUUUAUGGUUCGGGGAGUUUUUAAUUAAUGAUGAGUAGGAACUAGAUUAUAGUGUUGCAUUUGUUUCGAAAUUUACAUGGAUGGCUACGGAGAAUUUUGUUUAGCUCAUUAAUUAAGUACUUAGUUCUAAAUAUAAAUCAUCGACAUGGAGAAUUUGGUCCAGACUCGCACCAGAGUGUACAUCAGUUCGACGAUGGACGUAAAAUCGAGAGUUCGGAAUUGGUGGAAAAAGCUGCGGUUGAAAAAUGUGUUUCAGCACCUCGGGUUGCUGCUGAUCCUGAUGGUGUAUACGUUGGCAGGAGGACUGAUAUUUAGGCACUUCGAAUAUCCAGCAGAAAUAUCCAGAGUGAGGUACUUUCAGUCAGCCUUACAUGAGAAAAGACAGUAUUUACUAGAUUUAUUAAUAAAUAACAAUAGUUACGUAGCUGAUGUGAUUUCUACGGAGUUAGUGGAGUACGAGAAAAUUCUCGAAGACUCGUUCAUAGCAGGAAUAAUGAGGUUCUCCGAUGACGAAACGGAGAAGUGGACUACCCUAAAAGCUGUGUUCUUUUCAUCAACAGUGCUCACUACCAUAGGUUACGGACACAUCGUUCCUAUGACGACAGAAGGUCGUGCCUUUUGCAUAGUUUUCGCACUUAUAGGAAUACCCUUAACGUUAACCGUCAUUGCUGAUUGGGGUCGAUUAUUCGCCAGCUCUGUCUCGACCAUGUUUAAGCAUAUCCCACCACUGCCGUCAAAAUUCAGACAUCUAGCGGUCGCAAGAAGGACAUCUUCUUACGCUCUGAGUGCAGUCUGCUUCCUUUUUUUGUACUUAGCUGUUGGUGCUGGUCUCUUCGUUAUAUGGGAAGAAGACUGGACGUUCUUCGAAGGAUUCUAUUUCUGUUUUAUCACAAUGACCACCAUAGGAUUUGGGGACUUCGUACCAAAACAGCCCAAGUAUAUGCUACUUUGUACCUUAUACAUCCUGGUCGGCUUAGCUUUGACUUCAACAAUAAUAGAGUUGGUCAGAAGGCAGUACGCACACUCUUGGAGACAACUGCAAGCUCUCAGAGGUCCGCUAGCUGAGAAUUUCAGGAAGUUCGCUGAAAAUGCUCCGGGACUGGACGUUCUAGCUUUCCAACAGGACCUCAUGAAAGUCUUGACAGUGGUUACCAUGCCCAAACUAUCGGGAGGUAAAAAAGGCAAAAAGAUGAAAGAACAAGAAUGGGAAAACGCUAUAGAAGCUGCCAUCCGUGAUCUCACUGCUAAUGCUACAGAACACAAACCUCAACAAGUGCUACAAAUUGUUAUAUAUGAGAGUUCAGUCUAAGAGAGCAAGAAAUAUCUUCCAGAACUGACUUCCAUCUUUUUCUAAGGAUUAUUUUUAAGAAUGUAAUGUCGGGCAUCGAGGGUGUAACCUAAAGAAGACAAAUUUGAAAAAAUACAUAUAGGGUGUCCGAAAAAUAGCGGAACGGUCGAAUAUUUCACGAAAUGAACAUAGAAUUAAAAAACUGAAAAAUACGUGUUUAAUAUUUUUCAAAAAUCUAUUGAAUGACAUCAAACAUGACCCCCUCCACACCCUGGAGGUGGGGUGGGGGGUAAUUUUAAAAUCUUAAAUAGGAACCCACAUUUUUGAUUGCAGAUUUGGAUUCCUCUUCUAAAAAUAAACAACUUUUAACGGCGACAUUUUUACGAAUUUUGGAUAGAUGGCGCUAUAAUCGGAAAAACGAUUUAUCGUGAUAUCCUAGGCAAAUUAUAAAAACGGUCUAAUAUCUCGAGAAAUACACUUCCAAACGAAAUACCAAAAAAUACGUGUAUAAUAUUUUUCAAAAACCUAUCGAAUAACACCAAACACGACCCACACUCCCCACCAUGGAGGUGAGGUGGGGGUAACUCUAAAAUCUUAACGUUUUUUAUUGCAGUUUUGGAUUCCUCGUGAAAGAAUAAGUAACAUUUAUUCGAAACAUUUUUAGAAUUGUUGAUAGAUGGCGUUAAUAAAUCACAUUUUUCCGAUUAUAGCGCCAUCUAUCAACAAUUCUAAAAUAUGUUUCAAAUAAAUGUUACUUAUUUUAUUAUGAGGAAUCCAGAUCUGAUAGUAUGUCAUUAGAUAGGUUUUUAAAAAAUAUUAAAUACGUGUAGGGGAGGGAAGGGUAAAGUGAAAUGGUGGGGUAAAGCGAAAUAGCACGUUUUCAAAUUCUUGCGCGAACGGAGUCGCCACUGUUUACAAUUCAGUCAACGUUUAGAAGUAGUACGUGCUUAUCGACCAUUUUGUUGCAGUCGUCUGUCGGUGUUAUUGAAAAUAUCACUAUUUAUACAUUUUUGGUCGACAAUUUGUAAUAUCUGCAGGUGAGUGUAAUUGUACAAGAAUUCAUCUGUACUCAGUAGAUAUAUCUUAAAAACACCCUGUAAUUAUCUACGAUAAUUACUUUCAGUUAUUUAUGUCAUCAUAACAAUAUUACAACCUUCAUUCGAUUAUAUAAAUAUUGUUAUCCUAGAUCACGAUUCACUAAUAAUUGCAGAGUCAAUUAUAAACACUUUUCAUGGUCGAUGCUGAAUAGGCAUUUCUAAAUAUAUAAACAGCAAAACUAUAACAAGGGAAUUCUUAUUAUUAUAUUAGAGAUUCGUCAUUCUAUUUUGGUGAUCAGACGUAAUAUUUCCACAUUAAAGAUAGUGUCUCUUUCUACACGAGACGUUCUUUGGGUGCGGUGCUACCAGCUUAUGCUCAUGCGAGUGUAAAUAAAACAACUCAACAAGUAAAAGCGUACCAAUUAUUCCACCCCUCGGAUAAGGGAUAACCACCCUCACCGGGAGCAGAUAGCCUUAAUGCCAGGGCUGUCAUAUAAUUGCUAAUUCUUCUAUCGUGUUUAACUAAACAUAUUUUUGAAACUAACACACAAAAACAAUUAUAGUUAACUAUCUAUUAUACAAAAUAUAGAUUGUUAGGUUAGGGUUAAAUAUUUUUACUGGACCAGUGUUGCUUUUAAAUCCACUUGGGGCAAUGUGAAAAAUUAAUAGAUGGGGCAAACUGAAAUAUCGUUUCACUUUGCUCCACAUGUAAUUAUACUUGAUUGCCACCAUUAACAAAAAGAAUAUUUGUCUUUCCAGCGACCCAACAACAAUGGUCUGUGGAGUCAAUGAAAGCUGCAAUCAGGUCUGUGCGAACGGGUAUUCUUAGCCAAAAUGAAGCUGCUAGGCAAUUCUGGAAUUCCUGUUGCUACGUUAAAUCGGAGAAUCAAAUCCGGAAAAAAUGAAGAAGAAGCGUAAGAAAUAAGCUAGGCCGAUUUCAAACCGUAUUCAGUCCGGAACAAGAAAAAGCAUUAGUUGACCACCUUAUUGGUAUGGAUAAGUUAUUUUUUGGUCUUUCUUAUUUAGAACUAAGAAGUUUAGCUUUACAGUAUGCAGAAAUUAGUAAAAUUCCAAACAACUUUUAUAAACAAAACUGUUUACCUGGUAAAGACUGGUUGUACCUAUUUUUAAAAAGGCAUCCCCAAAUGACAUUGAGAACACCAGAAAACACAUCAGCAGCUAGAGCUUCUGGCUUUAAUAAAGUUUCUGUCGACACAUUUUUUGCUCUAUUGGCUGAACUUCAAGAUAAAUAUGCAUUUUCUGCCAGCAGAACCUACAACUGUGAUGAAACUGGUAUAACUACUGUCCAACAAAAAUUAUAUCCGUAAAGGGUAAAAAGCAGGUGGGAUACUUGACAUCUGGUGAGAGAGGCACUCUAAUUACAGCCGAAAUUUGUGUUAGUGCUGCAGGUCAUUACGUUCCACCUUUUCUUAUUAUUCCUCGUCAGAGAAGAAAUUCUAUUUACGAGAUAAACUUGCCUCAAGGAAGUAUUGUGACUUUUUAUAAAUCUGGAUGGAUGCAGACAGAAAAAAUGAGCAAUAUCUGGUUCCCCCAUUUUCUGAAACACACAUCCAACUGAAAAUUAUCCUGUACCUACUCCUAAUAUUAGAUGGGCACUCAACACACGUAAAAAAUUUGGCUUUGAUUGAAGAAGCAAGACAACACCAUGUUCACAUUUUUGUAUUUCCUCCACAUACGUCACACAAGCUACAGCCACUUGACGUAAGUUUCAUGUACCUAUUUUGGUUUUUCAAAUACCUAAGCAACAAAAUUUGCUUAUUUUUACGUAAGGAAUCCAAAUAUGCAAUAAAAAAUGGGGGUUAAUAUUUAAGAUUUUAAAGUUACCCCAACCCCCCCCCCCCCACCUCCAGGAUGUAGAGUGGGAGGGUCGUGUUUGGUGUCAUUCGAUAGGUUUUUAAAAAAUAUUAAAUACGUGUAUUUUCCUUUUUAAACCCAUUAAAACCAUAUGCAAUAAAAAAUGGGGAUUUCCAUUUAAGAUUUUAAAGUUACCCCCCACCCCACCUCCAGGGGGUGGAGUGGGGGUUCGUGUUUAGCAAGGGCGGAUCCAGGGAGGGGGCCAUGGGGGCCAUGGCCCCCUCCGAGAAUUUAAAAAAAUAUAAAUUUACAUAUUUGCAGUUCAAAAAAUGUUUUUAGUUUCAAACACAUAUAUAAAUAAAAUAAAUAUAUAGGUAUGUAUAAAACAGGAGAUAAAUAUGUUUUCUCAAGCAAUAAAGCUUCAAGAAUGACAUAGAAUGUUUUGCAAAUCAAAAUGUUGAUAAUUUUACAAAGUGUCAAUUUUUAGAACGACCUUGGCAGUCAUGAAAAUCGUAUCAAUUUAUAUAUUCUGUACAUAUAAAGAAUAGAAAAAAAAUGAAGCAUUACUUGGGUCACCAGCACUUAGAACAAAGGAAUUGGUUGGUAUUUUCGCACAGUCAAAGGGGAUUGUUUUACAAGUAUUGCGUUCCAUUUUUCUGACGAAAAAUAUGGUCAUAAUAAAGGGAUGAUAGCCCAAAGCCUUGUCAUGAAACCUUUAACAUGUUUCGCCAAACUCAUGGUCAAAGACGGAGCCAUACAAACCCAUGAAAAAACAUCAUACCACAAGAAGUUCGUUCAGGUUUGGCUGGAUUUUCUACAAAGUUAUCGCAACCCACAAAAGUCAGUAAUUUUAACCAGAUAGACUCUCAGAGGUCUAAACAGAUACAAGAAAAUAGAGAAAGACCAAUAUUAGCAUCUAUAGUGUUCUUAGGUCGACAAAAUAUUCUUCUAAGAGGCCGUCGUGAUGAUAGCCUUCUGCUUCGAGACGAAGAUGCUGGACCUAGCAAUGAGGGAAAUUGUUAAGGUUUAAACUCGCAUCAGAAGAUACGACUCUUAAACAACACCUAUCCACAGCAUCUUCCAGAGCAACAUACAUUAGUAGCACCAGUCAAAAUCAAUUGAUAACAUGUUAAUACAUAGUUGAUAACACAAUAACAACAUUCGUGAAGACUUUGUGAAGUUCAUUGACGCUUAUGAGAAUACAAAAAUAAUUAGUGAAAAUCAUCUAUAAAGAGGGGAAGAACAAGGCCUGACAGUAGAAGCAUUGGGAAAAAUAGUAUUAAACUUGUUAAAAGAACUGCGCAUGGAUCCGAAGAAAUGUAUAAGAAUCGGUACUUUAAUAAUACUUUAAUAACUAUAAGUUUUGAAUGUCUUUAUGGUACUCAAAAGUGUGUGAAAAGUGCCUUAACACUCACUAUUGUAAUCUUAAUUUUUUAAAAUUACCCCCAGACCCUUCGGUACCCCUACCCAAAAAAAGUUCAUGGCCCCUCCCGAGAAUCGGUUCUGGAUCCGCCCUUGGUGUUUAGUGGCAUUCGAUAGAUUGUUGAAAAAUAUUGAACUCGUAUUUUUCAGUUUUUCGAUCCGAUACUUGACGAAAUAUUCGACCGUUCCGCUACUUUUGGGACACCCUGUAUAAAAAUCCUCGAAAAUUUGUAUUUUGAGAACGAUUUCCGAAGUGGAAAUCGAAACGAUAAAAUAAACUUAUUUUAAUAUAAAAUUGUGGCAUAAUCCCAAUAAAAAUAGGUAACUACAACUACAUCCAAGAAAGAUGAAAACUUCCUCCUGGUUUCAAGGUUACACUCUAUCACAAUCAUGUGUAAAUAUAUUUAUUUAAAGUUAAAAUGUUCACCUGUAUUUUCUUCUUAUUACAUAAAAAUGAAUAUAAAUAAAAAUAAAGGCGU